UACGGGCACCGCUCGGCCGCCGUCGCUCGUCGAGGUCGCAGUUCCACGUCAGCCGGAGGACAACUGGAGGAAGAGAUUGAGGGAGAGAUCGGCUUCCUCCUCCUCCUCCUCCUCCACAUCAUCAUCAUCAUCCUCCCCGCUUUUUCAGCCGCCGUUGAUACAGCGACACGGCCUUCUCUUCCCGUCUCCGGAGACCAGAUACCCUGAACGCUUAGGUUACCUGAUUUCUUGCUUUCGAUUUGCCUGGGAAAACUGGUAUCAUGACAGCUGCAGAAAACAUAUGCUAUACACUCAUAAAUGUUUCUUUGGACUCUGAACCACCAAAUGAAAUUAGCCUGAAAAUUGAUUUGGAAAAGGGAGAUGUGAAGACCAAGACUGAUGCAUUAAAGAAGGUGAUUAUCAUGAUUCUAAAUGGAGAGAAGCUCCCAGGGCUCCUGAUGACGAUUAUUCGGUUUGUGUUACCACUGCAAGAUCACACAAUCAAAAAGCUGCUGCUUGUCUUUUGGGAGAUUGUCCCUAAAACAACCCCUGAUGGGAAGUUGCUGCAAGAGAUGAUUCUUGUCUGUGAUGCCUACAGAAAGGAUCUACAACAUCCAAAUGAGUUUAUUCGAGGAUCCACUCUUCGUUUUUUGUGCAAGCUAAAGGAGCCAGAACUUUUAGAACCACUGAUGCCAGCCAUACGUGCCUGUCUGGAACAUCGGCACAGUUAUGUACGCAGAAAUGCUGUGCUGGCUAUCUACACCAUCUACAGGAACUUUGAGAAUCUUAUUCCUGAUGCUCCUGAGUUGAUCCAUGAUUUCUUGGUUAAUGAAAAAGAUGCAAGUUGUAAACGGAAUGCUUUUAUGAUGCUGAUUCAUGCCGAUCAGGACCGAGCCCUAGAUUAUCUGAGUACAUGUAUUGAUCAGGUUCAUACUUUUGGAGACAUUCUACAGCUGGUAAUUGUUGAGCUGAUUUAUAAGGUAUGCCAUGCCAAUCCAACAGAAAGAGCACGAUUUAUCCGCUGUAUCUACAACUUACUCCAGUCUUCAAGCCCUGCAGUAAAAUAUGAAGCAGCUGGAACUUUAGUUACACUGUCAAGUGCCCCAACAGCUAUCAAGGCUGCUGCACAGUGCUACAUUGAUUUGAUUAUUAAAGAGAGUGAUAAUAAUGUCAAGCUAAUUGUUCUUGAUCGCCUGAUUGAUCUCAGGGAACAUCCUACACAUGAACGGGUGCUGCAGGAUUUGGUGAUGGAUGUCCUUCGUGUUCUGAGCACUCCAGAUUUGGAGGUACGCAAAAAGACGUUACAGUUAGCACUGGAUCUCGUUUCAUCACGUAACGUUGAAGAGCUUGUCAUAGUUCUCAAGAAGGAAGUAAUUAAAACAAAUGAUGUAUCAGAACAUGAAGACACAGACAAGUACCGGCAGCUUCUGGUCAGAACACUACAUUCAUGCAGUGUCCGUUUUCCAGACAUGGCUGAAAAUGUUAUCCCUGUGAUUGAACAAACCCUGAUUCGAGGGAAAGCUCCAGGGGAGAAGGAAAUGGAAGAAUGUAUUUUUGGAUUUCGAUGA